AUUACAGGCGCCUUAACCGGCGCGUAAACUAAAAACGGCUGUUUAUUGUUUAGUUGGCUGGCUGGCUAGCUAGCUAAGUUAGAAACGCGUUCUUUUUGAUUUUCAGCUAACGGGCUGUUACCGAAAUUAAAUAUUACAGUUAGUUAUGGCUACUUGCGGAUGCUAUUUCCAAAAUACUUUAGCUUUUCUAGUUAACGAUAUUGCCGUAUGACAUUUCUGGAGUCUGUCGCCGAACGUGGCCAGUUAUUUAACACCCGAGAAGUACACUUACAUAGCCAUUUUAAGUAUUUUUUAUACUUAGUCGCUCUCAGGUUGUGUUAGAUUUCACAUUAUUCAAAAUGACUUCCGCUUUGGAAGAUCCAACGCUCGAGAGACAUUUUAAGGGUCACAGAGACACCAUAACUAGUGUGGACUUCAACAGCAACAUGAAGCAAAUAGCCACAGGCUCUAUGGAUUCGUGUGUCAUGAUCUGGAACAUGAAGAGUCAGAUGAGAGCUUAUCGCUUUGUGGGACACAAAGACGCAGUGAUGUCUGUGCAGUUUUCCCCCUCGGGACACCUUGUAGCAUCAGCAUCCAGGGACAAGACUGUCCGCCUCUGGGUGCCCAGUGUGAAGGGCGAGUCGACCACCUUCCGUGCGCACACUGGCACAGUCCGCAGCGUGAGCUUCUCCGGCGAUGGCCAGUCCCUGGUCACGGCCUCUGAUGACAAGACCGUCAAAGUGUGGACUGUGCACCGGCAGAAGUUCCUAUUCUCCCUCAGUCAACACAUCAACUGGGUGCGCUGUGCCAAGUUUUCACCAGAUGGUCGGCUGAUUCUUUCAUCCAGUGACGACAAAACCGUCAAGGUCUGGGACAAAACCAGCCGCGAGUGCGUGCACUCCUUUUAUGAGCAUGGAGGGUGCGUGACGCAUGCCGAUUUCCACCCCAGUGGCACCUGCAUCGCGGCCGCCAGCACGGACAGCACCGUCAAGGUGUGGGACAUCCGCACCACCAAGCUGCUGCAGCACUACCAAGUGCACAGUGCGGUCGUGAAUGGGCUGUCCUUCCACCCGUCUGGGAACUACCUCAUCACGGCCUCCAAUGACUCCACACUGAAGGUGCUGGACCUGCUGGAAGGGAGGCUGCUGUACACUUUGCACGGACAUCAGGGCUCUGCUACCUGUGUGUCUUUCUCCAGGACCGGUGAAUACUUUGCCUCUGGUGGAUCAGAUGAACAGGUCAUGGUGUGGAAGACUAAUUUCGACUCCGCUGAUUAUGGUGAGGUGCUGCGGGUCCAGAGGAGUGCUGCCGGAGCGGAGGGUCCAGUGCUGGCCUCGGACCCCCGGCCAGGCCAGUGCUCGGAGACUGCUGGGCUCCCAGAGAACCCGGGGCCACUUCCGGGCACAAGAGGGCGCACCAGGAGCUCGGGCCAGGCCUUUGAAAACCCCAGAGAUGCAGGGUGCCACCCGCAACCUGAGGCUGGCGUGUCUGACGCGCUGGCCAGCACUCUGGAGCACAUCGUGGGCCAGCUGAGUGUGCUCACCCAGACAGUGGCCAUUUUGGAACAGAGGCUGACACUGACGGAAGACAAGCUGAAGGAGUGUAUUGACAACCAGCGCAGGAUCACCCAGCCAAGAGACUAAUCCCGGACUUCCGAGUGGCCACGCGGGAAUGCCGCUGCUCCUCAUCCACCAAAUCGGUCAUCUCAGCAUCCCACUGCCCCCUGUCGAAUUUACAUUGAGUGGUGCUGUGGCCCUGCACAAUGGGUUUCUGUGACCCACCGGACUGGAUGGAACUAUGUGAUCCAAAAAAUCCCUGAGACUGCCGGAUGUGCUUCAGGGUGACCUGUUGGGCACUGAGAGUGAUGGCACCUGCCCAAGGGUAACCCAGCUCAGCCCAGCGAGGUCUAAUUCGGGCUGGUCCCGUGCCAACCACUGCAUUCGAUGAGCAGCCUGCUGUGGGACUGUGGUACAGGCAAAAGCUACUAUGAGGAUCAUCAUCGUCAUCAUCGUUUCCUGAUGAGCCUUCGUGUGUGUGUGUGUGUGGGGGGGGGGUAACGGAACUGUAGGGUUAACGGCAAUUUAACAGUAAGGUUUCAGAUGUAAAAUAGUUUUUUAGGGAUCAUUUUUAUGUGUUUUUAUGUGUUGUGUAAAUUUGUGACAUCGAUAAUAAAACAUUACGUGCUUUAAUUGCCA